UUCUAAAAGCUUUGCAUUUACAAGCAUGUAGAUUUAAUAAAAUACGAAUUUCUCUGAAAAGUAGGUCAAAGAAGGAGCCACAGUUUGUUGUAUGACGACGUCACACAGCCAUGAACUCUUUCACAUGCUGUACAAGCACAAGGCUGUAAAAUGAGUAAUUUUCAAAAAGUUUGUCAGAGAGCCACCUAAACUCCCCAGAGUUCCUUUGAAAUCCUCCGAAGACUCUCUGACCCAGUUGGGAUCAGAUCAGACUCAUAGCCUGAAUGUGUUUCUCAUUUCUCAUUACACCCUCUUCUCUGGGUCACAUGACUGCUGUGCUUGCUCUCAGUCUGCACUCUGAGCAUCCUUCACUGGAGCAGAGAUAGAACUGAAAGAUCUGCACCUGACUGUUGGGUCUGCUCUCUGAUCCUCCAAGCAGCAACAGAACCUCUGGAGGACAAGUCUUCACGGAGACUUCACAACCACUUCACGCUCCCUUGUAUGUGGUGAUGGGUACUCUACGGGAUCUCCAAUUUGCCCUGCAACUCAAAAUUGAGGAGCUUCGCCAGAGGGACACUCUAAUAGAUGAGCUGGAGCUGGAGCUGGAUGCAAAGGAUGAGUUGAUACGUAGACUUCAGGAUGAACUGGAUCGCUACAGAGCCAAUGUCUUCCUCCCAGGAGCCUCUAUCAAUGCAGGUAGUGCAGCUCAGUGUGAGAACAAGGAAAGAAGCCAGAAGAGGACGAUCAUUACAGAGCCCUGGAGUCUGGACCCAUUGAUCAACUCUGUGAUUUCACAGAAAAGCUGUGAGAAAAGUGAAAUGUCUCUGCGACGGAUUCAGGCUGCGAUUUUGAAGAAUGACUUGUUGAAGAACCUUGACGAAGGUGAAAUCCGGGCCAUCAUGGGCUGCAUGUAUCCCACCAUCAUCAAUCAAGGCGGCUCUGUCAUUGAGGAGGGGACCAGCGGGGACCAGGCUUUUGUGGUUGAAGAAGGGAGGCUGGAGGUGACAAAAGAAGGCGUCAGGCUUCUCACAGUGGAGCCUGAGGACAUGUUUGGAGAGUUGUCCCUUCUCUACAACUGCACCCACACCUACUCUGUCUCAGCCCAAAUGGACACCAAGCUCUGGAUUAUUGACUACAAGAGUUACUGGACCGUACUCAUGCAGAGUGGUCUCAGCCGCCUUCAUCGUUCGAUGGAACUACUGAGCAGCGUUCCUUUCCUUCAAUCAUUGCCAGAGGAUGUCAUCAUGAAAAUGUCUGAUCUCAUGGAGGAGACACACUACACUGAAGGAGCGCACAUCGUUCAACAGGGAGCCACAGGAGACACUUUUUAUAUCAUUAGCAAAGGCCAGGUAAAAGUAACAGAGAGGAAGACAGGACAAGAGGAGGAGUCUGUCCUUUCCAAACUCUCAGAGGGACAUUGGUUUGGAGAAAAGUUUCUGUGGGGAGAUGAUGUUUGGACAGAGAAUGUAGUUGCUGCGGCUGCUGCAGUUACAUGUUUGGUAAUAAACAGAGAGACUUACAAAGAUAUAAUCAAUGGGAUGGAGUUUAAUUGCUGUGAAGAGAAGCUGCGAGGCCACGACUUCAGAGAGGAGUCAGACAAAGAUGUUAGUGUCCUUUCAGCUUCAUCCUUGAGUGAUUUCAAUGUCAUCUCUCCUCUGGCAGAAACACAGUUUGGUCACGUAGACCUGGUAAAACUGAAGAGCGACACAGAGCGAAUUUUUGCCCUCAGGGUUCUUAAGAAGAAGAUUAUAAUCAACAGCAGCCAACAGGAGCACGUCCUGAGGGAAGGCCGCAUCCUGAUGGAAGCUCAUUGCCCAUUCAUAGUCAGGUUAUACAAAGCCUUUAAAGACCCUGAGUGUCUUUACAUUGUCACUGAGGCCUGUCUUGGUGGGAAUUUGCACAAUCUGCUAAAAGAAAAAGGACAUCUGGACGAAUGCAGCACCAGAUUCUACACUGCCUGUGUCGUAGAGGCCUUGACUUUUCUCCACUCCCACGGUGUCAUCUAUAGAGAUGUCAAGCCUGAGAAUGUCCUUCUGGAUGAGCGUGGUUAUGCCAAACUGAUCGGUUCCAGAUGUAUGAAGAAGGUAGAGAUGGGUCGGAGAACCUGGACGUUCUGUGGUACACCAGGUUACAUGUCACCUGAGAUCAUUCUAGGCAGAGGUCAUGGUCCAUCUUCAGACCUCUGGUCCCUGGGUGUCUUUGUGUUUGAACUGCUAAGUGGUGGGCGUCCAUUCAGCGGCUCUGACCCAUUGAAGAUUUUCACUGCGACCAUCUGUGGAAUUGAUCAGAUUGACUUUCCAAAACGAAUCAGCCAGAGUGCUUCCAGUUUCAUUAGGAAACUCUGCAGGAGCAAUCCCUUAUACAGACUGGGCACGCAGAGAAAAAAGGGCAAGAACAUUCAGGGGCACAAGUGGUUUGAAGGAUUCGACUGGGAUGGAUUUCGAAGAAAAACAUUGAUCCCACUAUUUAUUCCCAAAGUGAACCCUUCUUCAGACACAGGCUCAUGUGCUGAUUACAGCGUGCAGUCAGUGGAGCUGUGCACAGACUGGGAUGAUUUCUGACACUAUCAACUGUGAACUUCAUCGCCUUCUACAUUUAGUCCUCAUGAAUAAUGCACUGCACACAGUCUCAUUGCCAUCAAGACGUAAUUAUAUUUUCAGACAAGAGAUAUUUUCCAGAGCACGAGUUGCUGCAAUGAGGCCACGGUUUGAUCAAUGACACGCCUGUGUUCGGCUAGGUUUUAAAUGUUGAGUGUGUUUUCAUGUGUAAUCAUGAGCUGUUGACUGAUCUCACGGCUGCUACCAAUAAACA